AUGCCGAAGAAUAAAGGAAAAGGAGGUAAAAACAGGAGGAGAGGGAAGAACGAAAAUGAGACAGAAAAACGUGAGCUGGUCUUCAAGGAAGAUGGACAGGAGUACGCCCAAGUCACAAAGAUGCUCGGUAAUGGCCGCUUGGAGGCCAUGUGCUUUGAUGGCAUAAAACGUCUUUGUCAUAUCCGAGGGAAGUUACGAAAAAAAGUUUGGAUAAACCAAGGUGACAUUAUACUAAUAGGGUUGCGAGAUUACCAAGACGCGAAGGCUGAUGUUAUCUUGAAAUAUACUCCAGAUGAAGCUAGGAAUCUGAAGACGUAUGGAGAGUUCCCAGAAACAGUUCGAAUCAAUGAGACAGUGGUCUAUUCUGUGGAUGGUCUGGAUGAGGACAUUGAAUUUGGAGAUGAGGUCAGUUCAGAAGAUGAAGCUGAUGCGGUAGAUGCUAUAUAA